CGACCUUGGGUCUCCACGCACGGUCCGCUCUUGCUCUCCGCCCCGGGCACCACUGCCCUCUCGGACUCCCGCCAGGGCCGGUAGGAGCCGGUAGUGCACCUGCCUUUUCCCCUCUCGGGUUUGCACCCGCACGGCCUCGGGUCAGGAUGAAGGCGGCCCGCUUCGUGGUGCGCAGCGCCGGCUCGCUGAGCAGCGGCCGCGUGGUCCCCCGCGAGGUGGAGCAUUUCUCGCGCUACAGCCCGUCGCCGCUGUCCAUGAAGCAGCUGCUGGACUUCGGUUCAGAAAAUGCAUGUGAAAAAACGUCUUUUGCAUUUUUGCGGCAAGAAUUACCUGUGAGGCUAGCCAACAUUCUGAAGGAAAUCGACAUUCUCCCUGAUCAAUUAAUAAAUACCUCUUCAGUGCAAUUGGUUAAAAGCUGGUAUAUCCAGAGCCUGCUGGACUUGGUGCAGUUCCAGGAGAAAAGUCCAGAGGACCAGAAAGCACUGUCUGAUUUUAUAGAUACACUCAUCAAAGUUCGAAAUAGACACCAUGAUGUCGUGCCUACAAUGGCACAGGGAGUCAUAGACUAUAAAGAUGUCUCUACUGUUGACAUAGUCGCCAAUCAAAAUCUUCAGUAUUUCUUGGAUCGAUUUUACAUGAACCGUAUUUCUACUCGGAUGCUGAUGAACCAACACAUUCUUAUAUUUAAUGGUUCACAGUCAGGAAAUCCCAGCCACAUUGGAAGCAUUGAUCCGAACUGUGAUGUGGUUGCAGUGAUCCAAGAUGCCUAUGAGUGUUCCAGGAUGCUCUGUGAUCAAUACUACUUAACAUCUCCAGAGUUAAAGCUCUCACAAUUGAAUGGAAAAUCUCCUGGCCAACCAAUUCACAUUGUGUAUGUUCCUUCUCACCUUCAUCAUAUUCUCUUUGAACUAUUCAAGAAUGCAAUGAGGGCAACGGUUGAAACCCAGGAGCAUUUGCCUGCCCUUACACCAGUUGAGGUGAUGGUGGUUUUGGGGAAAGAAGACCUUACAAUUAAGAUUUCAGACAGAGGAGGUGGUGUUCCUCUGAGAGUCACGGACCGCCUGUUUAGUUACAUGUACUCCACCGCCCCGACCCCGGUGAUGGAUAAUUCCCGGAAUGCUCCUUUGGCUGGCUUUGGUUACGGCUUGCCAAUUUCUCGUCUUUAUGCCAAGUAUUUUCAAGGAGAUCUGAACGUCUACUCUUUGUCAGGGUAUGGGACAGAUGCUAUCAUCUACUUAAAGGCAUUAUCUUCGGAGUCGAUAGAAAAGCUCCCUGUUUUUAACAAGUCAGCCUUUAAGCAUUACCAGAUGAGCUCAGAGGCUGAUGACUGGUGUGUCCCUAGUAAGGAACCAAAGAGCCUAGGGAAGGCCAAAGCAGCCGCGUAAAGAAAGACACCUGCACAUCUGAAGGGAUCAAAACGAUUGUCCACCGGUGCCGUGUCCUGCAUGUUCCCAUGUAAUCCCGUGUUUCCUCCAAAGCAAACAACAGUGACCGAAACGCCUUGAUCAGAACACUGGUUACGGGGGACGGAGGCUUGUUUCGGUGACAGCGGACAGCACGGUGCACAGCCACAGGAGGCCUCCGUUCGUUUCAUUUCACUUAGGAUCACUCAUGAGUUUCAGUAAGUCCUGCAGAAGACCUGGCCCUCAGGCUCCUUUCUCUCACUGAAGACCAGGAAAGGGGCCCCAGUGAAGACAUAGGUCCCCAGCUUUAAUACGCUGAGCUUGUUGGACCUCUAUUGAUGUCAUAAGAUACUGCUGUUCAUUGGAAGUCACUUAUCAAUGUUUCAGUAUUUUCCUGCCAUUCAGAGGAUUUAGGCUGAGUUUAUAAUAUGUGCUUAGAAAUGCACGUGAGGGUACAUUCCCUGUACCUCUCUGUGCUCUAGGGAGAAGAAGCUGGAGACUGGAACAACAUUCACCUUUGAGCUAGUAAGAAAGAAUGUAAAUAUCUCAUUCAGAGUCACCAGGCAUAUGUAAAAACUCAGAAGGAAGCCUCUUCUGAUAAAUGCACUUCCUUUCUUAUGCUGCUUUUUGUAUUCACACUACAAAGUGAACAUUUAUUGACAGAGGCCUACUCUUGGAUGAGUUUUUCAAUAUAUACUCGAUUCCGGAUACUGGAUGUUCGUGAAAAAGAAUUGUCAAAGUGAUACCAACCACAUCUCUAUCCCUCUCUCUCUUUCUCUGGAGGGUGAACGAUAGACAGACAGACAGCGAGAGUGCACACACACACACACACACUCAAAUGAAACAGCAGGUUGGUAAAACCAUGGUUAGGUAAAGGAGUCAUGUAUUCACAACACAACUCCUCAGAAAGGGUAGUUCUCUCCCUUGCAUUGGUAAUAAUCCAAAGAAAUCUAUUUUCUAGGUUUGCACAGAGGUAUUUUCUAUGUCUAACUAUUCCCUGUCCACUCCAUCAACAUACCUGUAAAAAAAAAAACUCUAAUAGUCAAAUGUCUCAAGAACAUUAGGAAUUAAAUAGUUCUUGAAGUAUUUUUAACAAACAUCCCAGAAGUUAGAGUUCUCUUGCCAGGAUGCAUUCACUUGUGAGUCACUGAAAUUGAGAGCUAUCGAAGGCAAGUGAUAAUGCCUAUGGGAUUUAGGGGGGAUUGCGGGCAUAUAAUACACAGACUGACAGGUCAGUUUCGAAGGGUACUCAGGAGGAAAAUGGGAAGGAAGAAAGACAGUAAGGGAAGAAAGCCGUAGGCAGGCAUUUUGCCAAUUUUCACACAAAUUAAUUUCAAUAAAUGACCCAUGUUCUCCUGUAUAAAUUAUCAGCAAGAGGAUGAAUUGGUGGUUCUCAAAACCAGUAUGACAAAAAAAUUAAAAUCCAAUAUGACUUCUUGAAAUGCCUCUUACUGCUUUAAUAAGAUACCAGAUGCUACAAUAAGCUUACCUGUGUCAACUACAUGUUUAAAUGAGAAUCUAGAAAUUAAGUAGGAUUUCUGCACUGUGAAAUAAUUGGUACUGUCUAUAUGUUGAAUUUAGCAUUUUUGUUUAAUUUUGUGAUGGCUUGGAGUUGUGAUUGUGUUAGUAACAAUGGAAGCCUAAGAUUAUUUGCUGUGGAUUUUGGAUUUUAUCCUCAGUGAUUUUCAUGAUCUUGGGAUGCUGGGUUACAUGUUUAUUUAUUACAUAAAGCUAUUUGUAAUAGGUCAUUUGACUUUUCAUUUUUUACUGAAUCUGAACUGAAACAUUUUUUGCAUAUAAAUACUUGCAUUUACCAAAGAUUUAAAGCUGUUUACUAGGUAUUUCAUGCAAACAUUGUGAACUAUUUUUAAAACACUAGAGAACAGAGUGUGUAGCUAGAGCCCCAUAGAUUACCCAUCUCCCGGGCUGGCAUUGUACAACCCAGGGAAGAACCCUUGUAAACUAGUGAUGUGAAAUUGUGCUUUUGUACUUAGGCUAUGUGUAGAAAAGUGUGGUAAAUUUUAUAAUAAAUAUUUUUGCUAUCAUGGAA